AUGGAGGCUAGGGUUUGGAGUGGACUGCUGGUGGUUUUUGUGGCGCUAGUGGCGGCUAUCGGUGCACUUCCGGCGUCAGCGGAUGAUGUGGAAAAGGUGCUGACUUUGGACCAUUCGAAUUUCUCAGACAUCGUAUCCAAGCACGAUUUCGUUGUCGUUGAGUUCUACGCUCCUUGGUGUGGGCACUGUCAGGCGCUCGCUCCUGAGUACGAAAAAGCUGCAUCUAUAUUGAGCAGCCAUGAACCCCCGAUUGUUCUGGCUAAAGUGGAUGCCAAUGAAGAAGAAAAUAGAGGACUGGCUUCUGAAUUUCAGAUCCAGGGCUUCCCUACCAUUAAGAUUUUAAGAAAAGGUGGAAAAAGCAUUCAAGAGUAUAAAGGCCCUCGUGAGGCUGAUGGCAUUGUCAGUUACUUGAAGAGACAAGCUGGUCCUGCUUCGACUGAGAUUAAGUCGGCUGAAGAUGCUGCUAGUCUUAUCGAUGAGAAACAGAUUUUUAUUGUCGGAGUUUUUCCCAAAUUAUCUGGGGAGGAAUUUGACAAUUUCACUACUUUAGCUGAAAAGUUGAGGUCUGACUAUGAUUUCGGUCAUACCCUAGAUGCUAAACUCAUUCCGAAAGGUGAAUCAGUCAGCAAGCCCACUCUUCGCUUGCUUAAGCCUUUUGAUGAACUGUUUGUGGAUUCUGAGGAUUUCAAUCUUGAUGCAUUGGAGAAAUUUAUCCAAGAUUUUUCCGUACCAAUUGUGACUAUCUGGAAUAGUGAUCCUAGUAACCACCCGUACAUAAACAAAUUUUUUGAUGGCCCCAAUGCGAAGGCCAUGCUAUUUGUGAACUUCAGCGAACAGCAUGAUGCUUUCCUGUCAAAAUAUAAGGAUGUGGCUACCCUUUACAAAGGGAAGGGCAUAAACUUUUUGAUGGGCGAUGUUGAAUCCACCCAAAAUGCCUUCCAGUACUUCAGCCUGAAACAAGAAGAUGCACCUCUGCUUAUUGUACAGAAAACUGAUGGUCAGAAAUAUCUGAAAACAAACAUAGAGCCUGACCAGAUUGCACCCUGGUUCAAAGAUUACUCGGAGGGACAAUUGAAGCCCUUUGUGAAAUCAGAGCCCAUUCCCGAAGUCAAUGAUGAACCUGUCAAAGUGGUUGUUCGUGACAGCCUUCAAGACGUAGUUUUCAACUCUGAAAAGAAUGUUCUCCUCGAAUUUUAUGCACCUUGGUGUGGACACUGCCAGCAACUGGCUCCCAUCUUGGACGAAGUUGCCAUCUCCUUCCAGAAUGAUCCUGAUGUUGUGAUUGCAAAAUUCGAUGCGACUGCAAACGACGUCCCUGGGGACACCUUUGAUGUCCAAGGAUUCCCGACCAUGUACUUUAGAUCUGCAAGCGGUAACUUGUCCCAGUACGAUGGGGGAAGAACAAAGGAUGACAUCAUCAGCUUUAUUGAAGAAAACCGGGACAAGCCUUCUGCUGAGUCAACCUCAGCCAAACCAGAGUCGGCAGCAACUGAACCUGUAGAUGCUGACUCUGUCAAGGAUGAAUUAUAG